CAUUUUCCCCAAUCCAACACUUAAUUGAGGAACCGGGAUUCCUCACGUGCGAAGUUGAUUUGUAGUUUGAACACGUGGCUCAUUCAAAAAAGCCGGAAUAUUCAAGAGAUUUUUUCUUCUCGGUUUUAUUUAGAGGCGGCGCCAGUAUUAACGUGUGUGUGACAGUUUCGGUCUUUCUGCCAAAGGGGUUCGGGGAAGACAAAAAGUAGUUUUCGCCUCCUUCUGCCCGACCCACCAUCGUAAGGAAAGGCGGAAUACAUAAUUACAAAUUUAUUUAUUUUUUUGCGCGAUAGACGGGGAGAAGGACCGCGAUACCUCGAUAGGCUUUUCCCACUAAAUACAUCGAUAGCAGCCUAAAUAGGAAGGUUGGCAUUUUCCCGUGCUUAACGCCAUGAAUAAGCUGUACAUCGGCAACUUGAGUGAAGAAGCGAGCCCGGUGGAGUUGGAAAGUAUCUUCGAGGAGUGGAAGAUUCCUGUCAGCGGUCCGUUUCUGGUUAAAACGGGUUAUGCGUUUGUGGAUUGCCCCGACGAGAAAAUCGCAAUGAAGGCCAUAGACAUUCUUUCAGGUAAGGUAGAACUUCACGGAAAGCUUCUAGAAGUGGAACAUUCAGUCCCAAAAAGACAAAGGAGCUGCAAGCUGCAGAUCCGGAACAUUCCGCCACACAUGCAGUGGGAGGUAUUGGACGGCUUGUUGGCUCAGUACGGGUCAGUGGAGAGCUGUGAGCAAGUGAACACGGAGACAGAGACUGCCGUGGUAAACGUGAAAUAUGGUGCUAAGGACCAAGCCCGACAGGCGCUGGAGAAGCUGAACGGGUUCCUGAUGGAGAGCUACGCGCUGAAGGUCAGCUACAUCCCCGACGAGACCGUCGCCCAGGAGGCCCCGCCGUUACCGGGGCGACGGGGCUUCGCGCCCAGGGGGCCCCCCCGGCAGGGCUCCCCGGGGGCGGGGCCGGGGGCGAGGCCCAAGCUGCAGUCGGACGUGCCCCUGCGUAUGCUGGUGCCCACGCAGUUUGUGGGCGCCAUCAUUGGCAAGGAGGGCGCCACCAUCCGCAACAUCACCAAGCAGACGCAGUCAAAGAUCGAUAUCCACCGGAAGGAGAACGCGGGCGCGGCAGAGAAGCCCAUCACGGUGCACUCCACGCCCGAGGGCUGCUCGGCCGCCUGCCGCACCAUCCUGGAGAUCAUGCAGAAGGAGGCGCUCGACACCAAGUUCACUGAAGAAAUCCCCCUGAAGAUCCUGGCGCACAACAACUUUGUCGGUCGUCUGAUUGGCAAGGAAGGAAGAAACCUGAAGAAGAUUGAGCAGGACACCGAGACCAAGAUCACCAUCUCUCCCCUGCAGGACCUGACCCUGUAUAAUCCGGAGAGGACCAUCACAGUGAAGGGCUCGAUCGAGGCGUGCGGCCGCGCCGAAGAGGAGGUGAUGAAGAAGAUCCGCGAGUCCUACGAGAACGACGUGGCCGCCAUGAACCUGCAGUCGAACCUCAUCCCCGGGCUCAACCUGAACGCUCUGGGGCUCUUUCCCUCUUCAGCGCCCAACAUGCCCCCCUCCAUGAUGGGCGGGCCCCCUCCUGGAGCGCAGGCCUCGUACCCCUCCUUUGGGCCGCCGGAGUCGGAGACGGUGCAUCUCUUCGUUCCGGCCCUGGCGGUCGGCGCCAUCAUCGGCAAACAGGGCCAGCACAUCAAGCAGCUGUCCCGCUUCGCCGGGGCCUCAAUCAAGAUUGCCCCAGCUGAAGGGCCCGACGCCAAGCAGAGGAUGGUGAUAAUCGCGGGGCCCCCGGAGGCUCAAUUCAAGGCUCAGGGCAGGAUAUUUGGGAAGUUGAAAGAGGAAAACUUCUUCGGGCCCAAGGAGGAAGUGAAACUGGAAGCGCACAUCAAAGUUCCGUCCUACGCCGCCGGCCGUGUCAUCGGAAAGGGCGGGAAAACGGUGAACGAGCUGCAGAACCUCACCAGCGCUGAGGUGGUGGUGCCCAGGGACCAGACGCCCGACGAGAACGACCAAGUCGUCGUGAAAAUUACCGGACACUUCUAUGCAAGUCAGCUGGCCCAGCGGAAGGUCCAGGAGAUCCUGUCUCAGGUGAAGCGGCAGCAGAAGGCUCCCGGGGCCCAGCCGGUGCUCAGGCGCAAGUAGAGGAGGCUGAUUUCGGUGCCCCCCCCCAGCCCCCUCCUCCCCACCCCCGCUGCCCCAGCGCAGAGAUGUGCUCCAGGUCGGGACAGAGCGCAUCACCCGCACCAACUCCAGGGCAGGUCACACUCGGUUUCGUCAUUGCAACGUCUCCAUGGAAACCGACAUCCUCUCGCAUCUCUGCUGAGAUGGGAUUUUUUUUUUUUUUUCUUCCCUCUUUUUCUUCAAAAAAAAAAAAAAAAACACUCAGUUUUGGAACGGAAUGAAUACCCCUCUUCACUUCCUGGUGUGGAACACAGGAACACACUCAACACUGCGCGCCUGAACACUUCAUUUGCCUUCUGUUCCCUCCGAGUGCAGUAUUGUGUGUGUUUUAAUGAUGCUCCCGCGAUUGCUAAAAGUGAAGUGAUAGAGGGGUGUUUCCCUCCUCGCGUCUCAGUGGGGGGGGGCGGGGCGGGGCAGGGUAGGGGGGGCGGGGCGUGGGACAGGGACAUGGGGGAGGGGGGAGGGGGCGAUUGUUUAUUGGGAGUUGGGGGAAGGGAAACUCUUGUCCCAGUAUUGAUAGUGGCAUUUUAUAAAUUCGGAUGCGUUUUAUAGAGUAAAACACUGCCAGAGCUAUGAAGGACGUGUUAAAUGCUGUUGGCCUGACAACGGAGUUAAUAUGCAUUUUUUACCAAACUACCUCAAGCUUUAGUACCUCAGAGAAGAAAAUGAUAUAUGAAAAAAAUGUUCCUUUCUUUUUAUUUUGCUUUGUGGUAUUUUGUAUACUUUAUAAAGCUGAUAGUUCUUGAACAUUUUAUUUUUUUAAGAAAAUUUAAAAAAUUUUGCUCAGCUGCCAACAGAGUGACUUCAACUCUUUAUUUUACAAACGGUAUAUGUACAUGUGUAUAGUGAGCGUGUGUAUAUAAGAGUAUAUGUGUACAUAUAAGAGUAUUAACUGAGACUUGAAGAGUUGUUGCGCCCUCUGCUGGUGGCUGAUGGGAGUGUUAAAUAGCCUCAGUUUUCCUGAGGUUCUCAGCGCCAUCUUCUGGACAGGACAUGUACAGCAAUUUAGUAAUGCCGAAUAAUGCCAACAUUACAUACUGCAGCAAUGAAGUUU